AUAUUAUACUUCUAAUGGUUAGUUCAUUAAACUAUAUCCAUAUAUUCCAUAUGUUUUUCAUAUUCAAUGACUAACUGUUAGAAAUUGUGUGUUGAAAUUGCCUUAAAAUAGUGUGAAAACAUCAAUAUUUAACUACAAAUCGAUAAGCAAUUAUUUAAACAAAUGGCAACUAAUUCACAACAAAAUACAUCCAAAACGGUUCUCAUAGAAAACGGACAUCAGAAUAUUAAUAACGAUUUAAACCGCAGUUACGGUGCUAUAAAUAAUAGCAUUUCAUAUGCAAGUCAUAUAAGCGAUGAUACAAAUAAAAGUUUGAUUAGUAAAGCAACGACUGGUGUAUAUAAUGCCGGCGCCGGUGUUGUCACUUAUGGCUUGGGAGGCAUCAAAUGGGUACUAUCGUCGACCACAAGCGUCGGUUCGACUGUUUUAAGUGCCGGCACUGCAGGAGUGGUACAGUUGAAGAAGAGGGCGUCAAAAGAUAAAAAUGAGUGAUUACUGUCACUAAUAAUAAUACCAAAUAUUACAACAAAUUCAUAGCUGAAGUCAACACAAAUUAGUUGAUUUUUUACACUCAUUUUUACAAGAAAAAAUAGAGAGAGAGAGAGAGAGAGAGAG